AUGGAUUACAAAGACCAGACCGCGUUUGUGACCGGAGGAGCCAGUGGAAUUGCUCGCGCGCUUACUCAACGAUUGAUCGAUGGAGGCGCGCGAAUCUUCAUCGCCGACAUCAAUCUAGAUGCGGCACAAUCUUUCGUUGACGAAAUCAACCAACAACGACCAGACACGGCAUUCUGCACCAAAUGCGAUGUCAACUCGUGGGAUGAGCUGACCUCAGCCUUCUCCAAAGCCAUCGAAAUCUUCGACAGGGUGGACUAUGUUUUUCCGAUUGCAGGCUUGACGGAACGCCAGGUGAUACCCAAGCCGAGCGAGCAGCAGGAUGUGAAGAAGCAUGGCUUCGUCAAGCCGGACCUCGCUGUAUUCGACACUAAUGCAACUGGCAUGAUAAACUUGGUCCUGAUUGCGGUGCAAGCGUUCCGAAGGCAAGAGAAGAGGGAGGAGCUUGGCGGUAUGAGAGGGAAGAUCGUCUGCGUAUCCUCUACCUGCGGCCUCUACGCAAUCUACGGUGUACCGAUUUACACCGCAUCUAAGCAGGCAAUGGUCGGCAUCACCCGCACCUACGGCGUCCUGCUCCCAUCCGAGGGCGUGACUCUAAACGCCAUUUGUCCCCACGUUGUCAAGACGGCCAUCUCCAAACAUACUCCGUGGUGGUACGAUGAUCUGGAGAAGCGAGGGUUACUUACGGACAUUGGCCAGAUCGUUGCUGGGUUCGAGGAGUAUCUUGGGAAGAGCACGAGGAGUGCUGAAUGUCUCGAAUGUGGGCCUGAAGGGCGGCGUGUGGUUGAGUUCAUUGACUACAUGGGCGAGAAGACGAAGCUCGGCUGUGAGGCCGUGAUAGAAAGGAGUGCUCGCACGAGCUUGUGGCAAGAUCAAUAA